UUCCAAGUGAAAUGUGCCACCAUUCUGCCCUUCUCUUCAUCCUUCAUCCAUCCCCUUCAUGCGUCCUUCACAUUCAUGAACACUCACCUGGAAAGAUGAGCGUGUGUCUUCUCUGGAUCGGCCUGCUCCACAUCAGCCUGAGCACACUGUGGCAAGCAGCCAACAUACAGGCCGCAGUGACCAUUGAUGAGGUGAAACUGACUGUGCUUCCAGCUGUUAAUGUGAAGAGUGGCACUAAAGUGACCUUGCGUUGUGAAGCCAGUGUCAGUCAGAGCCAUCGCCAGCCGCUGACACACUCCUUUAGCCUCACGCAGGACGAUCAGGUGAUUUACUCCAAAAAUACCAGUGACUCGUGGAUGGAGCGCAGUUUCUCUAAUGCCAGGGUUUCCAACUCUGGUGGCUACCAGUGCAGUGUCCACAUCAAUGACAAGCACAAGAAGAGCAACACUUUGCCAUUGAACGUCACAGGACUUCAAAUCCCAAUGCUGAAGGUGAAGUCUGACAUUGUGUUUGAGGGGGGAGACGUUAUUGCCACAUGCAGUGCACCAGAGGAGAUGGGCAGUCUGGUGUUCUUCUUCUACGAAAACGAUCGGGAGGUCAGGAAAGCCUCUAGUACCAUCAACUCUGUGACAACCACUCUGACCAUGCAGAAGCUCAAAGACAUCUACCUGCAUUGUGACUAUAUGGUAUUGAUGCAACCGACAGAAGGACACUCCAACAAAAGCAACAUGGUGAAUGUUACUGUACAAGAUCUUGAUGUGAUCACCCCACAAAUAAGCAUCUCCCCCAAUGUGAAUGUUGUUGAGGGUGACAGGGUGCAGAUCACAUGUAACGUGCAAUUAUACUCAGAUCUUAGAUUGUACCUCACCAGAGACAAAACCAUUCUUAGAGUAUCUCAUACAAACUUCACACACAGCCUCGUAGUAAGAUCUGAGGAUUCAAGGGACUAUGUGUGUAAAGCAGAGAAAGGCAGCGUGCAAAAGAAGACAUCAUAUCAGCUAAAUGUUACAGAACUGUUCUCGAAGCCAAUUAUGAGAAUGAUCCCAGACCAGGUUUUUGAAGGCGAGCGCUUCACUCUGACCUGCAGCAGCGAUGUAAUCUCCCCAGCGAAGAUCAGAAAAGCAGAUAUAAAGUAUGUUUUGCUGAAAGAUGGUCAAAGCAUUGCAGAAAUUGCCACAUACGAUGACACUGCAAGCCUGGCCACCAAUGGGAACUACUGCUGUAUGGCCAUGGCUAAAGAAGUCAAUAAGACCAGCUUACCGUUUAUUUUAAAGGCUAAAGUGCCUGUUUCUGUCCCAGUCCUUCGUGUUGUUGAUAAGGUGAUUGUUGGUAAGCCGUUCAGGGUUUCAUGUGAGGCUGAAAAUGGAACGUUUCCAAUAACCUACACCUUACUGAAGACCAGUGUUCCAGUGGAUCAGAAAGUGGUUGAGGCAGCUGACAGGGCGAUCUUUAAUAUAACCUCCAUCAGUUUUCCUAAAGAUAUCGACAACUUCAGAUGUCAGGCUUCUAACAAUGUGCGAUUGCUCCGUAAGACCAGCAAACCCCUAAGAGCAACAGUCAUAGUACCUGUUUCCAGGCCUGAACUGAAGCCGGAGGAAGUUACGGUCACAGAGGGGACAGAUCUCAUCCUCAUCUGCAGUGUACACCAGGGCUCUGACCCCAUCACCUUCACCUGGUAUUAUAACACAGUUAAGCUCCCUUCCUCCACCCAAGAAGUCAGAUCAUUAGAAGGAAGAUACGUCGUUAAAGCCAUCGAGCGAGGCCAGAGAGGCGACUACUACUGUGAGGCGUCCAAUAACGCCAAUGAAACCAAAAAGAGUUUUCCAGCCAGAAUUGGCGUGAGUUUAGCGCUGUGGAAGAAGGUUCUUAUUGGAGUGUUCUGUAUCUUGCUUUUGGUGGCUAGCGUCAUAGUCCUGACAGUCUUUUCAAAGAAAUUGUCAAAUCCACACAAAAAAGAGCAAGCGACUGAGUUAUCAGUAAAACCUCCACGACCCAAAUCAGGUGACCCCAUGAGAAUAAGCCUUACUCUCGACAUUGAAGAUAACACUGCUCUCAAUGGAACUCCCUGUGUGAUGGGCAGGAAUGUCUGGAGUGAAAAUGUAUCUGCCUCAGAUUCUGACGAUCAUACUGAUGAAAACUCUGAGCUGCUUCAUCCACAGGAAGUCGAUCCCAGCGGAGAUGUUCCCGUGAAGAUAACCACAGAGCCAGAAUACAGUGUCCAGGACACAGAUGUCCAGGUGUCCACACCAGGAGUUUCGGAACAGGCUGAGGGCGUAAGUGACGCACAUUGUUGACACACAGACACAAAAGUCCACAUGUAGCAGGUGACUCUGGAAUAUGCACAACUCAACAACAGUGAACAAGAACCAAGAAAGAGUUUCGACACUUCACACAUAACUUAUUCAGCUUCUCCGCCACCAGAAGCUGAUUUUCAAUCAUGAAUAUGAAUAUUUGUUGGUAUAAUUAACAUUACUUUGGGCUUGGAUUUGUUACAUGAGUAAGAUUUGUUGUGAUCUUUGUAUAUGAAAGAUUAAAAUCUGAGCAGUCAAAUGAA